UCCACAGUCCACAGAUCCCAUCUACGCUGAAGAUCAGCCAGUGCUCUACGUGAUUUCAUCUCACGAAAAUGGUCUACCGCGGGAAACCCAGCCUGGCCUGCGAACGGUGUCGCCCGCGGCGCUUGAAGUGCGACCAAGCAAAACCAUCAUGUUCUCAGUGUAUCCGGGCCAAAGUUGACUGCCCAGGGUAUCGUGCCGGACUGGAGUGUAAAUUCCGUGACCAGAGUCGGGAUGUCAUUCGCAAGGCACAGCGUCAGGCUCAACGAGAAUCCGACACCACUAUCCGCAAGAGAGCGAGCAAUGAAACCCGCUUCGUCGAUGAUCCCUCGCCUGCACCUUGGUCAGCCCUCUCGCAUCCAAUGGAAGAAUUAGCAAAGGGUUAUAUCUUUGUCAACUACAUUGCUCCAGGCAACCGAGGGGCAUAUAUGCCGUAUCUGUCAACGUUGACCAAACAUCUAGGGAACUCGGCAGUCAACGAUGCGCUAUCAGCUGCCGGCUUGGCGGCAUUAUCCAACAUCUACAUGUCGCCGCGGCUAAUGUCUACAGCUCGUCAGUACUACAUGUCGGCCUUGUCGCAGACUGGCCAUGCCCUCAAUACCACCGCCUUGUGCAAGAAGGAUGCGACGUUAGCAUCCGUCGUGCUCCUCGGCAUGUUUGAGGUGAUGGCAUGUAGCGAUGGAUUAUUUAUCACUCGUUGGAUGAAACAUCUCGAUGGCGCGGCAACCCUGAUUGAAACCCGGGGGUCAGAGCAAUUAACUCAACCAGAAGGACUGUUGUUAUUCAGUCAAUUACGUGCUCAAAUUAUCCUUAGUCAUAUUUAUCGCCAAAAAUACACCUCACCGAUUAUUGCUCAGCUGAGCCUGGAAGCAGCAACAUAUCGAAAAGGGGAUGAUGUCACCGUCGACCGGCUUAGCAGCGUGACUAUCCAGCUCGGCAACCUUUGUGCAGCCAUCAAAGAUGGCACGAUCAGGCAACCGGUUGAAAUUGUCCGCGCUGCAUUACGGCUGGAUACAGAUAUAAUGUCCAUUGUAUCCACCACACCAGAUUCAUGGAACUAUGACACUAUCAAUGUUGCCCUAGCUCGUGGGGAGCCUACGGUCGACUCUGUCUUGGGGGCUCAAUACCAUACCUACAGGGAUUUCACCGUGAGUAGCUUUUGGAACAAUUAUCGAUCUGCUAGGCUGGUCCUCCGCGAGUUGAUUGUCCAGGCGAUCGGUAGCGUUGGGCGGCACUCUUUGGGCAAUAUCGACGGACGAGAGCCGGAUGAAUUGGUGAGAGAAAGUCAACAAAUCUCGCGGCAAUUGGUCAGUGAUAUCUGUGCCAGCGUGCCUUUUCAUCUCGGAUCAGUGGUAGAGACCGGCCAUCUGGACCGACUUUCUAGUGACACUGGUGGAGGAACCUCGCCAACGCCGAAUAAUUAUCAAGAAUUCGGAGCACCUCUGCUAUCAUCCACAUCCUCCCCAUUUGGGGUUCCAGCGGCGGGCGGUUUUACCAUCAUGUGGCCACUGUUGAUUGCCGCGAACUCCGGUUAUGCCUCAAAGCAAACUCGGCGAUGGAUUACGGAUUGCCUAGCAAAGAUCGGCCAUUCCAUGGGGAUCAACCAAGCCCUGGCAAUGGCGCAACUGCUGCGAGAUGGUGUGGAUUCGCGAGCAUGGCUAUCAUCGAAAUAUAGACUUCGUGCCAUGGAUGGCGGAACAGUUGAGGAAGCUGAAGCUGAGUAUGCAGAACAAGCCUGACGGCUCGAGGUCUAUUCAUUCGAAACUCCAAUUGACGCCAAAAUCAAAUCUAUUUAAAUACCCCUGAAUUGGCAAUCACGACAAGCAACAUGACCUUCCUGUUGUUACAU